GGUCGUCAGUGUUGUCAGCUGUCAUCACCGAGGAGGGACGGCGAGGCAGUGGUACACACCCAACUCCCAACCAGUUUUCGGCAUAAAAUAUUCGGCCCCGUUGCGCCCAGGACUGCUAGAUAUGGCGACCCCAGCUCCUCAGGCAGAUUUGCCCUGGUGGCAGAAGUAUUUGGCCCGCGGCGUCGGUUGCGGCGGAGGCAUAAUUGCUAUGGGACUUGGAGUAUUCAACUGUAUCACUGUCUACCCCAUUUGUAUUGUUGCUGGAAUAUGGCAAAUGUUAGCAGCAUUUAUUGUAAUCUCGGCUGAAGCCCCUUGCUGCUGCAUGUUUAUUGAUUUUGUUCAGCAGUACUCAACAUGGGUAGAGGGUAGACCACACUGGCAGAAAGCUGUCUUCUAUAUUGUCUUGGCUCUUCCAGCUAUCAUAUUGUGCCCAGGACUAGCUACUGUGUUUGGCUCCGGCCUCAUCUUCUUGUGUGGUGUCCUUUAUGGAAUGAUGGCUCUUGGCAAAAAGGGAAGUCGGGAAGACAUGAUCGCUGCAGCUCAGCAGAACACUGGGCCUGCCAACUCUCAGAGUGCCAUCUUGGUGGAUGAUCCUGAGGCCUGGCGCUCCACUUGAACCACCUAACAGUUUUCUAACAAGCACCAUCCAUCGUUUUGAUAACAACCACUUACAUAGGCUCCCGGGAUGACAUGAUAGCUGCCGCUCAGAAUUCAACACGGCCAGGCAGCAUGAAGGAUUACUUAGUGGAUGGAGCUUCUCUAUCACCUGCUUAAACUACAGCAUCACAACCUUUCCAGCUCAUUUGGGUGCAGUGAAUGUGUCGUAUAUGUUGUUGUGGUUAGGAUGUUUGGCUCAUUGAAAUGCAAGUUUUUUGUUUUUAUAAAUUAAAAUGCUUUGAAGCAUUUUAAUAAUAGUUUGAUAAGAAAUUGAACAUUUUUCCCCACUGCCGUGCCCUUUACUACAAGAAAAUUUACUAACAUGAACGGAGGACAGUAAUGCAUUACCAUAUCAACAUUUCAAGAACAUUUUGUGAAGUUUUUAUAAUGUGCACUGUUUGUUUGUAAGGAUAUUGUCAUCUCUUGGCUUCUUUUUCUGCUGUUGAAUUUUAUUUCUUGUUUAGAGGAAUGUUACAAAGUAAUUUUUUUUUUUUUUUUUUUUUUUUGUAAGGACAUUUAUAGACAACAUUUUUUUUAAUUAUUCCUAUCCAUAUAUUUGGAUGAUUAUUCCUUGACAUAAUAAAAGAUGUGUGUGUCUGCAUCUCUAUCGUGGUACUUUACAUCAAUACCCAUUUUACCAGAGAUAGGAAACACUGGUCUCCAGUAGACUUGCAGACCAUCAUUCUAAAGGUUACCGUAUUUGCUGGGGUAAAAGACACACUCUCGUAUAGGACGCACCCCUAUUUUACAAGGAUAUUUUGUGGAAAAAAUAUUUUAGUAUGUUUCAUCAUACAUUUUAAAAAGAUAUUUUAAAGUGAAUUUUGUACCCCAACUCUUACCUCAUCUAAGAUCAGCUGUAUAAUUGCUUAUAUUUUGGCCAAGAGACUUGUUAUACAGGAUGUGAAACUUGUAUUUCUGGAUGUGAUGUUUUGUGUUGCCGCAUCAGGCCAGUCUGCCGGUGGUGGCGCACCAUCACAGUGCUCUGGUUUUUUGUCAUUCAUUCAUUGCAAAUGGCUGACAGGCAGAUGAAAGUUUAACAUUCCUUUCAAAUUUCUAGGAGUAUUUUUCAUUUAGAUAAUGAAUAAAUGUUUCUUAAUAGUAACACAGUCGUUAAAUCUUGUAUGACAUAUAUCAGGUAUGGGUUAUGUAUGCUGGGUAAGGUGGUGAGAUGUGAGCUUCCUUCAUAACUGCCAACAUAUCGUAAGCAAUUUUUCGUAAGUUUGGGAUAACAGACUAUGAUAACUUGGCUAGUUUUCAAUAUUUUAUUAUUAGCAACGAUUUUUGUGGAUAGCAAACUUACCCAGUAUGCUCGUCCAUCUCCCUAGCCUAUGGCGCUCAGUCUCACAUCCGUAAUAUGAUUGCAUUAGAUGCAGGCAAUUUUUUAAUACAUUUAAAAAUAAAAAAUCGUGUCUUAUACGGCGGCAAAUAUGGUAAGUAGAAUUCUUUUCUUUGGUUAUAAAUUUGAUGAAUACUGUAAUUCAAAUUUUAGGUAAGACAACAGUUAUUAGUUUUACAUUACUGCAGUUGCUGGUGUGAUUAGCUGUUGGUGAGUUAAUAAUUUUAAUGCUUCAUUAGCAAGCCGGAAAUAAUUUGAGUGCUUAUAUGAAGACAUGACAAUGAUAGGAGAUGUGAUAAUAUAAUUUGUUUAUUGUGAUAAGGCUUGUCACUUAGAUUAUGUGGUAAGGCUGCUGAGUACCAAGCAGAAAAUAAUACACAUGUUUUUUUCAAACAUAUUUGAAAGAGUGUAAUUUAUAAGAGUACUUCCAAUUUUAGAAAAAAUAUUGACUUGUUAAUAUAUGAGAAUAGAAUGCAAUGUAAAAUAGUGUAUAUGUGUAUUUUGAGUUUGAGCUAUCUCUCUAUUAAACUUUCAUAUAACAUUAUGCUUAUGUUAACAUUAGUAGUGAUUAUAAUGAGCAGUGUCUAUUAAAAUACAUAGUUUUGUUUUCUGUUUCACAAAUAAUGUACACUGUUGCUACUCUGAUACUAAUGUACAUCAGUAGCUGGAACAGAUAAUAGUACACAACAAAUAAUGUACACUGUUGCUACUCUGGUACUAACUAAUGAAUGCCAGUAGCUGGAAUAGGAGCUAGUACAUAGAUAAUAUAACUUGAGAGGCAUGAUGAUGGUGGUGGCUACAAAGCAUAACUCCUCAUGUGAUCAUUUAAACAGUGACUGGAAUGUUACGUGUUUAUAUUUUUAUGAUUGCUAGAUUUUCAAAAACAUUUUCAGUACAUUAAUAGGUAACCAAUCAAGGUGUAGUCGGGACAUUUUUAAUAUUCGGUUAUUAUUAAUAAAAGUGAAAUACUUUAACAAACGCUAACAUUUUCCUUACAAUAUUAUUUUUCUUAAAAUGUCAUUCCAAAUCUUAAUGGUGGAAUAAUCACUGUAUUACAAAUAUUAGGUUUAACAUAUUUUAUGAACACUGAGAAGCAGAUAAACUAUGGUUUAGUUAUAAUUGGUGCAGCAUUGUGACAUACUGUAAUUGAUGGGAGGCACGAAAGACUAACAAGCACCAAAAUAACAGGUCACCACAGGCUUAGCUCAAGUAAAUGUUUUUAUAAUAAAAAAAUUAAAAAUAUGACCAAUUACUCGAGUGCAAAUAAUUUAUAUCUACUGUUUGUGGUACUUUACAUUAUAUAUCUGUGUAUAUGGGACUAUACCGUAUCUGCUGUGUAUAUGGGACUGUACCAUAUCUGCUGUGUAUAUGGGACUGUACCAUAUCUUGUUUAUAUGGUACUGUACAUUAUAUAUAUGCUGUGUAUAUGGGACUGUACCAUAUCUGCUGUUUAUAUGGUACUGUACAUUAUAUAUCUGCUGUGUAUAUGGGACUGUACUAUAUCUGAUGUGUAUAUGAUACUGUACAUUAUAUAUCUACAGUGUAUAUAGGACUGUACUAUAUCUGCUGAGUAUAUGGUAAGGUGCAUUAUAUCUGCUAUUUGUAUGGUACUGUACAUUACAGUAUAUAUCUGCUGUUCAUAUAGUAUUGUGCUAUAUAUUUUCUACAGUUUCACAGUAAACACAAAAUCGAAAUGUACAUUAGGACAUACAGUAUAAAUAUUUGUUUAUCCCAAAAUAACAUCGUGUUUGAAAGUCUGUACUGUAUUAGUAAUUGUAAUAAAAGGUUAUGGUGAGACAAAAUUGGUUUAUUAAUUGAAGACAUGGAUAGUUUGACUAUUUUGAAAAUGCUCGUGAUUCAUGUUUGCAACCUAAUUAAUUGCAUAAUUCUUCAGGUUACACAUUACAUUUCUUAGUUUGCUGUUGAGGUCAAAAGCUUUCUCAGAUGCAGACGAUGAGUCACAAUAACGUGGCUGAAGUAUGUAGAUCAGACCACACACUAGAAGGUGAAGGGACGACGACGUUUCGGUCCGUCCUGGACCAUUCUCACAAUCACUUGAGAAUGGUCCAAGACGGACCGAAAUGUUGUCGUCCAUUCACCUUCUAGUGUGUGGUUUGGUCUACAGCUUUCUCAGAUGGGAGCAGAAGCAGAUGAAAGUGGAGGCCUUGUAAGGCAUCACUUAAUCACUUUCAAAAUAUGAGAUGUUAUGACUAACUUUCAAAUACACUUUCCAUUUAAGACAAGAUCUGUAAUUAGGUACUGUAUAUCAAAAGGACCAGUAAUGUUAUAUAUUUGAUAUCAUGAAUACUGUGUUUAAACAUUAGCACUGACACAUUUUCCAAUGUUUGAAUCCCAUUAUGAAAUGUUUUGUUAUAUAAGUACAGUAUACAGUAUCAUCAGGCAUUGGGGUUUAUUUCAAUAUACAGAAGCAGUAAUAUCCUUACAUUAAGUAGUUUUUGUUUUGUUUUGUUCUGUUCUGCCUUAAUCUAUUUUUCUUGCUCCGUUUGUUCUCCAUUCUCUAUCUACAUUGUGUUGUCACUCAUAUUGUGUGAUAACCUAAAACUUGUUCAAGCAACUGGUAAAAUGGUGGUUGGAGUGAGGCACCAUCAGACUUUUUUUUUCAUAUUUCGAUUGUGAGUGUCACCAUUGCAAAAUAUUUGUUGGUUCAUCAUUUGUUUUUAUAUGUAUAUACAGUAUGAGAGUAUGUAAAAAAAAUUAUAUAUCUAGAUAUAUUUAUAUAUCUAGAUAUAUCUAUAUGACAGUGUCAGACCACAAAGGCAGGAUUAAGACUGGAAUUUCCUUAAUUACUUUCGUAUUUAAUAAAUGUGUUAUGUAUCUUUUUUUAAUUGUGUGCUGCUAACCUUUUGAUUUACCACUUGUACUUUAGUUCUCACAAGCUGUAGUAUUUAAUUUUGCAAAUUACAUUCAAAAAUGCAAUUGACUAAAAUCUUCUCAUGAUCCACACACAGUAUUGAUCUGUUUAUAAGUCCCAGCAUAUUCAUCACUUGGAUCAUUAUCAUAUUCCUUAAUUAUAAUUUACCAUUUUGUGAGUAUUUCACAUUCACCGUAGCUUAAUCUUCUUAACACUUGGAUUAUAUGUAACAAUUUUUGUCCUUGAGUAGCAAGUGUUAUUUUCUAAUUGCAUUUACCUUGAAUGCAUAGAAAAUGGUGAUUAUUUUCCUUUAAAAUAUGUUUUGACCUUUACCCAAGACAGCUUAGGAAAGAUGUUUUGAAGGUUAUUUAAAUGCUGCUGACUCCUUAUCUAGAAUUGUAAGGAGUCUGCAGCCUUCAAGACAUCUUCCCUAAGCUGUCUAAAAAACAAGGUCAAAGCAAAGUUUAAGGGGGGCUAUGAUAGUUUUUUUUAUACUUUGGAAGCAUAAACAACUAAAAAAAUCAGUACUCGGGGACCAAAAAAGUUAAUGACACGAAAUAACACAUUUAAAUUCUCUCAUUUCACGUCUUUCUCAAAAAAAUUAAGUGUUAUUUAAUUGGCUUCUUUUUAAAUGCAUUAUUUUUACACACACACUCGUUAUACUGUUAAAUUGUUAAGUUCCAUGUUUAUAUAGUACAGUAUAUGGAAAUGUCAUGCUUGUGUUUAUUUUAUAUUCAAACAAGGUAAUGUCUGCACUGUUUAUUAUGACAUAAGUCCUUAAUGUAGCUUUUAAUAGUGUACUAUGAUCAUUUUUGUAUGUCAUAAGAGGCAGGAUUUUCAAAGAACUAAAUUUAGCAAACAGGAGUAAGAUGGAGUAAUAGAUGGUCCUGCACUGUACCACAGUACACAAUCGUGUGUGAAUAAUGGGCAAGCCAUCUACUUCAGUGUAUAUAAUUUUUUUUUUUUUUUUUUUUUUUUGAGGGUACAGCAUUUUAUUUAUCUUGACAUAUAGUGCCAGUAUAAAAGCAUAUUUAAUGGCAAUGUACAGGACUCUGGCAUUCGUGUAGUUCAAAAAUGUUUAACUGUGAAAUUCAACAUUCUGGAAGAACAUGAAACAUUCUAACAUAAACAACACUGUUCAUGUUAAUCCCAAAAUCAUUUAUAACCUUAUUGGGUGGAUGAUAAUAUAAAUUUGGAAUUUUCAUUUUUGAAAAUGGCAGUUAGUGGUGGUUAUGCAUUUGUUUGCCACAUGUAAUGGUAAUUUUCAUCUUGUGCUUUAUAAAAAUAAUUGUAUAAGGUAUUGAUAUUUCAUUAUAAACAUGGUUACUUAUUUGGAAGUAAAUAUAUAUGCAUAUAUACAUUUACAUAUACAAACAAACACCUGCUGAAAGGGGUCUUGAUGGCAUGCUGCUUCAUACUGAUAUGCUCAUUCACCCCUAGUGAGGUUAAAUAAACUGUUGAUUUGAUGCAUUAAUGAUGAAGGGGGGGGGGGGAAGAAGAAUGACACUAGAUCAGAUAACGGCUUGCUUAUGCAAGAGCAUUAAAAGUAAAUACCAAGAAGUUAAUCCAUUAUUAAUCUAUGCUAGUGAAUUAUCCAUACUAGGUCCUUUAUACUCUCAAAGGAAUGUUUUGCAGAAAACCAGUCCUGAGUGUUUGUAAGAGCAGCUGUAGUGUUAGCAAGUGGAUGUUAUGGUAGAUGUCAAAACACUGAAAGUCUUAAUACUGGCAUCAUUUCUCAAUACUGUACUUUGUCAGAAAAAUUAUAUAAUUUAUUUUAUGUCAAUGGUGUUCUUGAAAAAAAUUUGCACCAUGUAUAAAAUAAAAUAUUUUACUGCUCAUUGAUUUAUUUAGAUGGUGCCACCAUUUAUGGUUUUUCUUAUAUAUAAAUUUUAAUUUUAUGAUGAUCUAAUGUAGUUAAGUAAAAUGAGAAUAUUGUAAGAUAUGUACAUUUGUGUGAUCCUAGUAUUGGUGUAAAUAAUUUGUUAACUAGUAUGAAGACAGUUCAUUUCAGGAGCUCGGUCAACUUAAAUUAGGAUUCAAAUAAUUACAUGCAUUAACAAUUGUACUUAUUAACAGCAAUGGCUACUUGAAAAGGUAUGUGCAUGAACCUUAACCCAUUGGUUGGAUUUUAGGUCUACGACCAGGCACUGGAACAUGCAAGUUAUUUUAUUGCCGGCUUGCAUCCUGGAUUGACAUGUUAAUCAUUAAACAAUAGUAUUUUUGGCCGAGUGACUUUUGUAAACAGCAAUAGUGGUUAGAAUCAUAUUUUGAAUAUUUGUAACAAGUGGUAAUUGUAAUUUAAAAUAACAUUGAGGUGUAUAUUGUCACUGCUGAUCAACAGCAAAAAAUAUAAUAUAUAUUAUAUCUUCUUUUUUUAGUAGGUUUGUAGGGAUGUGAGAAGAUGUCAUGCAGAACUUUCAUAGCAUGUUAAUGUGAUUUAUUUUGAUAGUGACCAUGCAGAGCCUCAAAAUACUUCACAGUUUAGUCUUGUUACAUCUUUAACUGUUCGUCCUCCAAACUGUGUAUCAGUGUAAAUGCAUCUAGUGGUGCCUAAUAAAAUGGAUAAAUUUU